AUCCUGCUGUUAAAUUCAAAAACAAAAAGUGGCAUCAAAUGCAAAUAAUAAUUUAACAGGUCGCUUUUUAUAUCCUUUUAAAAAAAAAGCACAAAACAACUUAGCGUUUCUAAACUAAAAAACAUGUGGCUGUCCGUGGUCUCCAGGCCGCUGCUGACCCGAUAUCUUCAGUGCCGGGAGGUAGGUUCGGCUGGGUUUGUGUUACACAAUGCUGUUAGGAUGGUAAGCUUUGCUCCGGGAAAGGAGAAGCUUAAUUACCGUCGGUGCGAACGUCAGGUCGCUGCUUUCACGUCCAGCUUGUCAGUGAGCGAGUGUCAGCCGUCCUGUGACUGGGAGCCCAAGAAUGGCAAACUUAAGCCGCAGUGUCUGCACCUGACCACACGGUGGAGCCCGUUGCUGAAUGAGUUGAAGUACUCGAAUUCUGCCACCGGAGGGAGCUCCAAUCACAAACAAUACGAAAGAAGUCAGAAAGAACAGAGAACUCCAGUUGGGAAUGUUGCAGCUGGAGGCGUUAUCUCAGUUGCUGCCCUGGCAUAUUGCCUGAAAAAAGAUUCAGAUUUAAAAGGAGAGGCAUUGCUGGAAGCAGCCCGGACCAGUAAUGUCCAGGAAAUCAGCAGGUUGCUGGCUGCGGGGAUCGACCUGAACGUUCGCCACCGACUGGGCUGGACUGCUCUGAUGGUGGCAGCAAUGAACCGCAACCACAAUGUGGUGAAAAUUCUGCUAGCAGCUGGAGCCAAUCCAGACCUAGGAGAUGAGUUCAGUAACGUCUACGACACGUCCAGGGUGAAAGGGAUCCACUCUCUGGAAGUGAUGGUGACUCGGGAGGAUGAGUUCAGUAACCGGCUGAAUAACCGGGCCAGUUUCCGUGGCUGCACUGCUCUUCACUACGCUGUCCUGGCAGACGACCUGCGUACCGCACACAUUCUUCUGGAGGCAGGUGCCAACCCCCUGCUGGCCAAUGAGAUGGGGCACACGCCGCUCAUGUAUGCCAAGGAAGGGGAGAUGCUGAAGCUGCUCAAGGACUGGGAGGUGAAGUUCCAGGAAACUCAGCGGCGUCGGGAAGCUGAGGAGAGGAGGAGGUUCCCACUGGAGCGCAGACUGCGAGAGCACAUCAUCGGCCAGGAGGGCGCUAUAAACACUGUUGCAGCAGCCAUCCGGAGAAAGGAGAACGGCUGGUACGACGAAGAGCAUCCCUUAGUCUUCCUUUUCCUGGGGUCAUCUGGAAUUGGUAAAACAGAACUAGCGAAGCAGGUGGCCAGGUACAUGCACAAGGAUGCCAAAAAGGGGUUCAUUCGGAUGGACAUGUCAGAAUUCCAAGACAAACAUGAAGUGGCCAAGUUUAUCGGCUCCCCGCCAGGCUACGUGGGCCAUGAAGAAGGGGGUCAGCUGACCAAGAAGCUGAAGCAGUGUCCAAACGCAGUGGUGCUGUUUGACGAGGUGGACAAGGCCCAUCCGGACGUUCUCACAGUCAUGCUGCAGCUCUUCGAUGAGGGCAGGCUGACGGAUGGUAAAGGGAAAACCAUUGAAUGCAAAGAUGCCAUCUUCAUCAUGACGUCGAAUGUGGCAAGUGAUGAGAUCGCUCAACAUGCAUUGCAGCUGAGGCAAGAGGCCCAGGAACUGAGCAGGAGGAGGAUAGCAGAGAAUCUAGAUGAUGUUCAGAUUGGUGACAAAAUCGCCAUAUCGAAACAGUUCAAGGAGAAGGUCAUUCGACCCAUAUUGAAGGCUCAUUUCCGGAGGGAUGAGUUUUUAGGUCGGAUCAACGAGAUUGUUUACUUCCUGCCAUUCUGUCACUCUGAACUGAUCCAGCUGGUCAACAAGGAGUUGAACUUCUGGGCAAAAAAGGCGAAGCAGAGACACAACAUCACCCUGCUGUGGGACCGGGAGGUGAUGGAUGUGCUGGCAGGGGGAUACAACCUUCACUAUGGGGCGCGCUCCAUCAAACACGAGGUGGAACGGCGAGUUGUGAACCAAUUAGCUGCUGCGUACGAGCAGGAGCUCCUCCCCCACGGCUGUACGCUCCGCCUCUCCGUCGAUGAGAGUGACCACCGUGGCCUGUGGGGGGGAGGGGACAGCGAGAGGGAGGCCCGGAGCCCAGCCCUGCGCCUGGAGAUCGUGGGAGAGGACAGUACUGCCCGCAGACUGGACAUCCAGCCCCCACUCGCCCCAGAGGAUCUGGCCUUCUCUCUCUGACCUCCUCCCCAACACCGUGGCUGGGGAGCCACGCCACAUUGUCAAACGCAUGAACAUAGUUUACAAUUAUCUUGUGAGGCAAAAAACUAGCACCUGGCGUUAGUCACCUUUUUAAAGAAAAAAGUGUCCUGUAUAAAAAAAAAAUUAGUACUGAGGUAAAAGUUGCUGUUAAGCACUUCUAAAAGGGCCUUUAACAAUGGACUGUUUUGGUAAAAGGCACAUCUUUAAUAAGAUGGGGGAGAAUGUAGUCAUCCCAAUUAUAAAUAACUUCAUUCAAGAACAGUUUGAUGGACUGUAGUGCUUUUGGUUAUGUAUCACCGUACACACAAACACUACACAGCGUGUCAUGCAUGGAAGGACUGCAUCACAAUUUGCAUGACACACAAUCAGUUCUUUCAACCGCCAAGAAAAAGGCAGGUAUUUUGACCCAGAGGAAAGAGUUAAAGGAAUGAUGUGCUCUUUGACUGACUUUUCUGUCUCCAUUUUCUUCUGCUCUUCCUCCUCUUAGAUGACAGUCACCCCAUGCAGACAGAUAUGUACGUAAGAGAGGAACGUAAUACACAGAACACAGAGUGCAUUCCAUUCUUCAUCAAGGGGGGUUCUGAUGACAUCAUCAGAAAGGCUCUGCUUUAAUGGUUUGUCACAAGAAUCAUGAUUCCGAAUUCUAAGAAUGUAAUACGUUGAAUUUAUUUAAACAAAAAGUAUGAAAACUUUAUUUUGUAUUUAAAUUCUUGCACUUAUUCGUGUGUUACAGCAAGGAGUUCUGGUUACAUUUUCUAAGAUUUUGGGGAAGUAGAAAUGUGGCUUUAUCAGGUAAAGUCACACAUCAGUACGUCUAAUAUUAAAUAAUUACUCGGUAAAACAUGGGGGUCAUUUUGAGUUUUGUUAAUUCUUUUCUAAGUGUGGUUUGCCAUUUACAGGGGCUGGGGCAUUCAAACUGUAAGCGAGGCUUAAAAGUGCAGCGAACAAUACAGAAAGACAUGUUUUAUUACAAGCUUUCAGGCUUAUGCAUAUUCUGAGGGUUAUGGAUAUUCUACUCCCAUUAGAAUCCUAUAUAUUCCAUGUGUGGACCAUCCUGCAAUUUGCUUCAGUUUUUUCUGUAGGCCAGUAAACUCAUCACAAUUGCAUAUCCUGGUAUUUAUUGCAAAUAACAAGGUCUUGUUUUAUUUAUUAUCCUACUGAAAUAUAAUUGCUAACAGAAAGUAGGUUGGAUGUUUCAGAAAGGAACAUUAUUUAAAUAUAUACAGUACAGUAUCAAAUACAAUGUUCAAAUGACUGAAACUGUGCAUUUAUUUUUAAAUUAAGCUUUCAGUGUUCAUUGCUGCCUUUUUUCUAUCAAAAGGAAUCAAUAAAUUACUGUGAAUAGCUUUGACAGCACAGAACAACACUGCAAAGCUGGAAUCAAACAGUGAGCUGAAUAUCAACUCUGUGUGUUCUUUCACAACUUGCUCAUUAUUUUUCUGUAAAUGUAAAGUAUUCUACAUCAUUCUCCCAAUUAUUGCAAAUGAGAGCUAGCUGGUAGUGAACACAUAGUCCAUGGUGCAGCUACAGUUACACUUCAUGUUAAGAGAACGCUGGGGUGUUAAUCAAGAUAGAUUGUUAUAUAUGUCAGCAUGUUAUAUAUAGGACAUAAAAUAUUACAGAACGCAUCUUUUUCAUUUCGUGACAGAUCACAUGCAAGUCAGUGGAUUUCGCGUUCAUGGAUUCAAGCCAUAGGCAAAGUGCUUGUAGUGCUGCUUUCAUGACAAGUAUCCAGUCAGUAGCGUCACACAACUAGUGGCAUGCACAGUUACGAAGGUUCAUGCAGAUUACCCAGUUCUAACAUGUUUAUGAAUCGCAGUUCGUAUUUAUUAAUGAUCACGAAGGUGCUGGCCUCUACAGUGAAUGUAUUGCAGACUGUCCAUUUGGCCUCCUCCUGUCUGAUGGUGGAUUGUAAGACACGGACUCCUGCCCUCUAGGAACUGAGCCGUGACUCAACUGAGCCAUUUUGGUUUUCUACUAAACUGGGCAGGAACUGAACCACCAGCCCAGUGAGGAAGGUUUCCAUCGCAGAUGCAAAGACACCAAGCACCCAAACAUCCAUUAACAUGUGAAGGGACCAGCUGCCUGAGGUCUUUCCAGACGGCAGGCUGAAUAUCAGAGCGCUCAAGUAGUGACCGAUUUUACUGGUAUAAAUGUGCACUUGCACUGUUUUGGACCCUGUUGCAUAUCAUAUGAUAUAUGUGUGUGUUGGAAUGCUCCAAAGUCACCAGGCAUCGUGUGCUGUCUUUAAAAAGCCACGUCAUCUUUCAAAGCAGCAAUUUUUUUUGUCAGGUUGAACACCACAGUGGAGUGGAGAACUCCUAAACACGAAAAUUUGCAUGAGCUGUUGGGUGUGCUGUUUUUCAUCACCCAGGAACACAAACGGCUGAUUUCACAGACCCCGACUAGCACUAACCUUGGACUUAAUCUUACCCUAGGUAAGGUAGAUCAAGACUAGUGUGAACUGGGGGGUGUGAAACUAGCAAAUUGUUUUUUUUUUUUAUCAUUCACUGUGUAGAUGGAAAGCGUAAGACCCAGAUAUUGAAGUGAUAUGUUUGUAUAUGGAUUGUAUGUGUGUUUAAUUGUUUUAUCCUUUUUAAAUGAUAUUUUAUAAAUACUAUAGUAUACAAGCUGCUUUUUAACCCCCAAGGUUAGGCAAUUCAGCCCACUAAAAGGCUGGGGAUCUACGCUUGUAUCAGAUAGCACCCUAUAUUACAUUCUAUAUCAUUCUUACAAAUCCUUUUUAUGAUGCAGGGGUAUGAUCCGGCAAAGGUCAGAUCAAGACCUCUGAAUCAUCUGGCAAAUGCUGUACUGUCCCCUGCUCUCUAAGGACCCUUUGUAUUCAACUGCAACCAUUCAGCCUCUAAUCUAAUGUAUAAUAACAAAGAUCCUUUUUUUUUUUUUUUGGAAUUAAAGCAGAUCUGGUAAAAACUGGUAAGAACUUCAGUGUUACCCCCCAGCAUGGCUUUGGCAUGAUCUAUGGUGACAGUGCAGCCUAGUUCAUCUGAGGUGUGCUCUGUUGGGAUUAGCUCACACAGUAACUUUGCAAAAAGUCUGCUCUAUUAUCAUUAAUUCAGUGUAUGGAAAUAAGUGGUACAAAAAUGAUAUAGGGACAUAUCAUACAGGAACCGGCUCUGCUGUGUCGUGAGGAGUUCUUUUUCCUAGACUGCACUCUCACUGUCUUUUUGAAGGAAGUCCCCAUUAGAAGUCUGCAGUAUUGGAGAUGUUAAGCCCCUGUGUGUCAAAACCAACACAGCUGUUAGUGCAGGAACUCUACAGACCAGGGCAGCACAGUACUGCUCCUCUGCUAUGGGCAAUCCUACAGUAAAAGAGGAAAAGCAUUAUCUUACGGUAUCGUGGUUAUGUCGUUUAUUUACACAGAAACAAGAUUACAUGGAUUUAUUGAUAUUCCCACUGUUGGCUCCUUAUAACUGUGGAGUGAAUGCAUUUUACAAAUUGAGCCACUUGAUGCAAUAUUUCUCUCUGAAAAUUGUUUACUAUUGAAGUUUAUGAGUCAGGCUAAUUCUAGCCUGUUCUUUAACAUAUCAAGAUUUGAUUGAGAUUUAUUAUCAAGCCCAUCUACACUAUCUGAUUUGUGAAUUUCUCAGUGGUCACUUUAUUCAACCAUAUGUGAACUUUUGCGGCAAUUAAUAUAUUUGUGAGACUCUCAUUUUUGUAAUUAAUAUAUUGGAUGAAAGCUCAGACUAACACAAAGGUGCUGUAUUAACUGUCUGAGAUUGUUAUGGUUCAGCCCUGGCACAAAAAGAGGCGAAAUAAAAAAUAACAAGAAGCACAUAUAAUAUUCUGAUUGAAACUUACAAAUGUAUAUUUACCAAUCACGUCUACAAGUAACAUUUUAAUACCUCAGAAUGUUUUACCUGUGCCAGUAGUUUUGGAAUGCUUGUGAAGGAAGACUCGUAAUUGACUGAGAGGACAAUGACGAUUUCAAAUCUCUAAUAUAACUCCAAAAACAGCUAUUCCCUUUUCCCUAUGUAAUACUAUGCAUUCACCAUGAUAUAUAUUUUUUUGCUUUACCAUACCUCUCCGUGCGUUAGAAUGCUUUCACAGUGCUAUGUUUUUACUAUGGUGUGUGUGAGUGGCGGUGGCG